CCCCCCCCCUCUCGCUGGCGUCAGAAAUAGAAACGACUCGGUCCAGUUUGGCGACAAUCGAGAGAAGAACGCGCCGGCUCGAAGGGCGCCCUGGAUUUUCCCUGGCUCGCUGUCAGAACGCAAAGGGAAGCCGAGGAGCCAAAGAAAGGACAAGUUUCCCGCAUCGCAAAGAGCCUCUGGAUUGCUUUCCUCCCUCCGGCCUUGGAGGAAGCCCAGCUCCCUCCUUUAUUCCCCAAGGAAACGCGUUACGGUACUCGGAGCCACAAGGUGCAUCGCAACCCUAAAAAAAAAAAAAAAGCCGGAGCAAAGGGCAUUUUAAACGCUUCAGGUUUGAAAGCACGCGUCGGGCAACAGCGAUCAUGGCGCUGGAUUUCCUCGCAGGCUGCGUAGGAGGUGCUGCUGGUGUACUGGUAGGACAUCCAUUUGAUACAGUUAAGGUACGUCUUCAAGUUCAAAGUGUGGAGAAGCCACUCUACCGUGGGACUGUACAUUGUUUCCAGUCUAUCAUAAAGCAAGAAUCUGCUCUUGGACUUUAUAAAGGUAUUGGAUCGCCUAUGAUGGGCCUCACCUUCAUUAACGCCCUUGUCUUUGGCGUUCAAGGAAAUGCUCUCCGUGCUCUUGGAAAGGACACGCCUGUACAUCAGUUCCUUGCAGGUUCAGCAGCAGGCGCCAUUCAGUGUGUGAUCUGCUGCCCUAUGGAACUGGCCAAGACACGGAUGCAGCUGCAGGGAACAGGGGAAUACAAAUUGAAGUCCAAGAACUACAAAAACUCUUUGGACUGCUUGGUGAAGAUCUACCGAAAGGAGGGCCUGAAGGGCAUCAACAAGGGAAUGGUUUCCACGUUUCUGAGGGAGACUCCCAGCUUUGGUUUCUACUUUUUAACCUAUGACUGCCUCACAAGGUAUCUGGGGUGUGAAGCGGAAGAUAGUUACAUUGUUCCCAAACUGCUUCUGGCGGGUGGCAUGUCUGGCAUCGUCUCCUGGCUCUCUACAUAUCCUGUGGAUGUAAUCAAAUCCCGCCUUCAGGCUGAUGGAGUUGGAGGCGUCGUACGGUACCAGGGUAUUCUGGACUGCAUCAGAAAAAGCUACCGGGCUGAAGGCCCAAAGGUAUUCACAAAGGGCCUUACAUCCACCUUGCUUCGGGCUUUCCCCGUUAAUGCUGCAACAUUUGCCACUGUUACAAUAUUCCUUACAUACAUGAGGUCCGAGGAUGGCCAGAUCAGAGCUGAUUUAAGUGGAUGUGAGGCUGGUCCAGUGAUCCAACAACCUUCAAGUUUUUAAAUUGACUGGAAGAUAAAAGUUGUACCUGUUACAUGUAAGACGUCAUCAUUUUUUAAAAAAAGAAUAUUUGGAUACCAAGAGUAUACAGUUUGAUCUGUAUAAAGCAUCUUUUUAAAAAUCUCAUUUAUAAAAGCAGCUUAAUGCUUUAGGAAAACUCUGAUUUGACUCUAGAAACUUGGACAGUAAAAGGAUUUGCCAUUUCAAUGUGUGCUCAAACCACAUCUGCUGGAUUUUUCCAGUGUAGCCUUGACUUCCAAUUCCCACAAUCCCAGGGCAGCACAUUAUUAAGGAAAUCCAAUGCAGUCAUUAGUUGGAAGUCAAUUUCAGCAUAUUGCAAACAGCUCAAAAUGGCUACUACAUCUAUCAAUCCUGAUGCUAAAUUCCUAUUCAGACUUUGUUUCAAACAGGAAGAGAAGAAAUGGGGCUUUGAACAGAUAAUGGAGGCUUGUAUGCACAGAUGUUACGCCCCUUUCAUGUUUAUUGGGAGCAUAGGACUAGGGCCAGCAGCCUACUUCUCUCAACACACAUUAAAAGGCCUGGAUGAUUCUGUUCUGAUUAUUGCUCAAUCUGAUCACUCUAUUUGAUUUAGAGCUGAUUAUCCUGGUAAAUGUAGAGCUAAAAAACCCAUUUGUUUCAUUUUCCUGCACUUUAUCCUAGGGGAGCUUGUGUUUUUCCAAAUAAUUUAUCUUAUAAUUUGCAACCAUCUGAUCAGUGGCCCUCCUGAUGGGAACUGAUGGAGAUGAACAACUGGAGAACGACAAGCCUUUCCUUGAUUCUAUAUUUUAACAACCCGUCACAAGUCAUUCUGUAGGUGAUGUAAGCUACACUUUUUACCAUUCUUGUUAAUUAGCAAUACUUGUCAGGAAGCCUGUAGCCUCUUCCUGCUAAUUGUGAAUAUUUUAGUGCAGUGUAUGAACAGCCUGCUUUUAUUAUUUGAUCAGUAUGCAGUAAGAUCAGUAUCUCAGUCAUGCUGUUCAGUAUGUAGAUGCUUUCCCUGCUAUUUUUAGAUUAUGGUUUGAUUUUCUGUGCUAAUAUCUACAUUUGGCUUUUAAUUUUUUUUAAUGUAUGUAGUUGCAUCUUGUAAAUAUUUAAACAUAUUUUAGUUACUACGUUUUGAGUUGGAAGCUAGAGUAUAUCUAGCAACAUUUUUACAACUCAAAAUGUAGGCUAUUGUUUUUAGGGUGAUGGUGAUAGAUGUGCUUAAAUUAUCAUUUCUCCAUUACUGAGGUGUAUGCGCAUAAUUAUGAACUAUAUGUAAUAAGAUAAAGGAUGAAAGUAUAUUUAAAAGGAUUUAACAGAAGUGUGUUUUAGAGAAUUCAAUGAUGAAAACAGAAGUCAAGCUCAGCAGUUUUUGGAAACUUUGGUGGUCAAUAUUGCAAUUGACCUGACCAGCUAUUACGCCUAUUGCAUAGCAUCCUGAAAUAAGAAUGCUGCAACAUUGUCUCAGUGACAUCAGCAAUAAUGCUAAGUUAAUUGGGUUUUAUUAACAAAUGCUUAAAGUUGCAGUGCUAUACACGCUAUAUACAAAUAUCAUUGGCCUAGUCAUAAUACCUCUCAAGGUGUGCAAGGUGUAGUCUGGCCAGUCAAACAUCUGUUCCACAUCACUAAGUGAAGAAUUUCUUUUUACACUAGAUCAGAAUUUUGGCAUCUCCUUUUGUAAUAAUGAAGUCAGUAGGGGUUGCCUAUAAGUAUUAAGAAAUUUUAAUUAGCUUAACCCACUAGCUCAAUAGUUUGACAUUGAAAGUUUCUGUCCAUAUCCACCUCACUUAAAUAUCUGCUCAUAAUUAAUAAAACUUUUGUGAGCAGAAAGAAAACAUUUCUUAAUUUUAUGCCAACAUUUUCACAUGUACUUGAAUUGGAUUCAAGUGGGAAGGGGAGUUUGGACAUGUAUUUUUCCAAAUCAGUUGAGGAAAAUCAACUUAAACCGAUUUGGUGUUGUAAUUCAAGUUGAAGCCAUUCCGCACAGUACAAUAGGAUUGGGUACAAUGUCUGUUCUGGUUAAUUUUCUCACAAACUGUCCCACCAUAACAAUGUAAAUGUGCUCAUUCAAUCGAGUUGGGCAAAAAGAUGAUGUGAAAUUCCUCAAGUGCAAAGCAUGGAUUGACUCUGCCACUUACCCAUUCAAGAAAAACAGUAUGUAAUGUGAGAUUGCCAAGCAGCAAGAACUCGGUGUAACAUUUAGACUGAAACUUAAAAGCAGGAUCCAAGACAACAUCAUAGUAUUUUUCAUUGUCUCUAAGGCCCCUUGACAUUCAACCAUUUGACACGUAUAGUGGGCCAUUAAAGAGCCUUAUAAAUGUUUAUAAAUUGCAGUUGCAACAUUAACUUGGCCCUGCAAUAUACAUUUUUAAACGCCACGUUUCUCACAUGCUUUUAAGUACUUCCUAUUCUUUUUUCCAUUGCUGCCAUGAAGAAUAUGCAAGCCCAAUGAAAAAAAGAUACCAUUUGCAGAUUUAGCUUUGGAUCAGAGCCUACAUAGUUAUGGGUCCAAAACAUCAGCUGAAGGCCAUUAUUAUAGCUGUUGAAU